AGGUAGCCGGUAAGUAAUAAACCAGUACCUCGAGCAGAAGUGAAAACAUAGCGCGAGAGCUUGCAGGGAAUAAACACUGAGGCCUAACAUGCGCCAGGCGGUUUGAUUCACCAAGGUUUACCUGAGAGUCACCCCUACCUGUGGGCCGAGGAAGCCGGAAUGUACUCCAACUCACAGACGGCCAGGCUCCCGGCUCAGACACUGUCACUGAACAGUCAGUACAUCUCAACUCCGUAUGACUUCACCGGUUACCAUCACGUCCCGGGAGUCGGUGAGCCGACGACAGGUGCAUGGAACCCCAUGUACACCCCCAGGGAGGAGUAUCCCUACAGCUUCCCGGGGUCAAGCCCCAGCUUCGGCCAGGUCAACUUCUCUUCCCCUGAGUUAAACGGCACGCCCACCCCCGCUGGAGGGGGGUCGUCCAACCCGUACAACUUCAUUUCCGGACAGGACCCCUUCGGCUCCAGGAGGAGACCCCAAGACUCCAUCAGACCGCCCGUUUCAGUAGGAAAGACUCGCACUCAGGACAAGUAUAGGGUGGUGUACACUGAUCAGCAGCGCCUGGAGCUGGAAAAGGAGUUUCAGCACAACCGCUACAUCACCAUGAGGAGGAAGACUGAGCUGUCAAUGGCACUGAGCCUCUCUGAGAGACAGGUGAAGAUCUGGUUUCAGAACAGACGUGCAAAAGAGAGGAAGGUAACCAAGAAGAAGCUGCAGCACUCCCAGCAGGCCUCUACCACUACACCCACCCCACCUGUGCUGGGUGGACCAGCUGACACCCACAUCCCCACCAGCCCCAGCAGCAACAUUUUGUCUGACACAGUGGCAGAAGAAUACUAGCUGGAUUUCACAUGGAAGAAUGAUUCUGCAAGAAAGAUGUACAUAGUGUCUGUUUUGUUUGCCACAGAAUUAAUGAGAGAAUGCUGCACUUCCCUGCCUUUAAAAAUAACAAGCACUUCAUAUCAGUUGCAUUGAUCAUUCCCACUUAACAUUUGCCAAGCAUAAAAGUGUAAAUAUGGAUCAUUAUCAGCACCAAGACACUGAUUUUAAAGACCAAGAAUUACUGGAUAACUUGUCACUUGUUAAAUCUUUGUGCCGUCUUUAAGAAUUUCUGGUGGAAGUUCAAAUGAAAAGCAUUUUUAGAAGUUCCUCUGUCUUUAAUGUACAGAGAUUUUGAAAUCCGACUGAAUUUUUGUUCACAGCACAAGACUGCAAAUGAUAUCGCAUCUGGUCAAUUAAUAAGAAUUAGGAUAG